GCUUCCUAGUUUCUCCUUUCUCAAGUUUUCUUAUAUUCUCUCCUACAUGUCUUCGCAUCCCUUCUCUCUCCCAUCCCAAGAAAUCUUUGAUUCUAUGAUUCUCUUUUCUCUUCAUCUUUAUAAUAACAUAUAUCUAUCACCUGAGACGGAACUUCUUCGCAACCAUUCUUUCUUUCCUCUAUCAAAUCCAAAGAACUACCUGAAGACUAUAUCUCUCUUUUUCUCUCAAAAGCUUUUCAACUACACGGAUAACGGAAACAAAAUGACUCACCGUAUAACUUCUCGAUGUUUCUCCAUCAUGCUUCUAUGUCUUCUAAUCACUUCACCUCUAGAUGUUAUAGCUCAGGGUCAGGGAGGACAAGGUGAUAUACCAGUUGUUAAUCCUACAGCUCCCGGUGGUAGCACCACCACACCAACCAUAACCCAGCCAUCACCGCCUACCUCAACAUUCCCAGGUCCAACUACACCAACAACUACACCAACUGGAGGUUAUCCACCACUUGAUGGUACCACACCAACCGGUGGUUACCCGCCACUUGAUGGCACCUCACCUCCAGGUGGUGGUGGUGAUGUUGGUGGUGGUUACGGUGGUGGUAAUGCACCUGGUGGAGGUGGUGACACUGGUGCAGGUGGAGGAGGUGGCGGCGGUUAUGGUGGUGGUGCACCUGGUGGCGGAGGAGGAGGUGACACCGGUGCAGGAGGUGGUGGUGCAACUGGUGGUGGUGGUGGUGGUGGUGACACUGGUGCAGGGGGAAGUGGCCAGUGGUGUAUAGCGAAAGCAAAUGCUUCGCCAACAUCAUUACAGGUGGCUUUGGAUUACGCAUGUGGGUAUGGAGGAGCUGAUUGUGGCCAGAUCCAACAAGGUGCAGCCUGUUACGAGCCUAACACUAUUCGUGAUCAUGCUUCCUUUGCUUUCAAUAGUUAUUACCAGAAGCAUCCUGGUUCAGACAGCUGCAAUUUUGGAGGGGCAGCCCAACUUACCAGUACAGAUCCAAGUAAAGGAAGCUGUCACUUCUCAUCAUCAUCAGGAACAGUCAGCACAAGCCCACCAAGUCAAAUGAGUCCACCAGAUUUUAAUUCCCCACCAUCAUCUACAUACCCACCCCCUAUAACAACUCCAACUACAGGCACAACUGCUCCUGGACCACCAUUCGGCGUGGCAGAGCCAACAGGGCUUCCAAGUUCAGCAACACAUGUGUCACAUAGCCUUCUCUCAAUCUUUACAGCAGUUGGGAUACUAAUGCCACUGCUCAGGGAAAAUUAUCUUUAAACGGUUUCAGGGUUUAAUCAUUCUCUGCGAAUUAUGAGGCGCGUUAUCCAUACCUACCAUCACGAUAUAUGGAGUUUGAGAAAGCAGCCGUGAUCAGCAAGAAGAUUUGAAUCCAAGACCUUACUCUCACCAUUUGUUGUAUUGCUAUAGUUCAUCACUGAAAGUAUAUUUAUUUAGUAGGAGAUAUUACAAAAUCAAAGGGCUUAGGAUAUAUACAUUCUUGUAGACACAUUAAGCAUAAUGUAACUCUCCACAGUUUUAGAAAAUAAAAUACUUAGGGAACGGUUAAAAAAUACAAAAGCAAUGUCAGACAUGAUUAAUUGUACAAAGAUAUAACAGAAAAUAAUAUGAAAGCUACUUCAAGUAGCUACUUACCUGCAGCA